AUGCCAGUGAGCUUCCAGGAUGGUAGAUGGUCCGUGUUGUCUGAUGUAAUCAUUGGUGAUGAGAAGAGGGCCAAACUGCAGAUUGCUGCAGACCAACUCAGGGAGGUGAGUAUAGUAACUAGGCCACAGACACAGCAAUCACAUGGUGUCUCAUGGCUUAGUAUGCUUCUGUGCCAGUGUUUUUAGAUUAUUUUCCAGAUGGGGUCAAAUGCCCCCCAAAUCAGCCUCCAGGGCCUCUAACAUUUAAAUUGAAACCAAUUAAAUCCAAAAUAUUUUUAGGAGGGAGGAACAGAGGUAAGUGUGUGUGUGUGUGUGUGUGUGUGUGGGGGGGGGACCUGAUCUGUGCUAACGGUAGGGGAAACAUUCCUUUGGAUUCGUUGAUUUUUCAUGACCUUUUUAUUGCAAUGUAAUGUUCAUUUUGGGCUUAUACUAUUUUGUAUACACUAUCCAUAGGAGAAAGAUCUUGCAUCAAGGACAAGAAAAGACACUGCAUGAAUUUAUAUUACUUUCUGAAGCUCUUCCUGUCGGAGUUGUAAUAUGUUUGUUAAAAAUAAACAAAAAUGCUGUUUUUACUUUUUGAUAAAGACAUCUGAUAUUUAUUUGCACAUUAAAGUUAUUAAAGGUUGAAUGUUUUACAUUUUUGGUGACUAAAUAAAUACUGAUGACCUCAAUGAAUUAUAUAAUCAUCACUGGACUUCUGGUUGCCCCUCUCCCCACUGUACCCUUCUUCCCCACUGCAUCCUUCCCCUUCAACGUAUUGUUUGAGCUAUGAAGUUAUUUUUACAUAGUUCAAGCCAUUCUCAGAUUCCAUGUCUGUUAGCCUUAUGUAACUGGUGGGGUGUGAAUCCCAAAUCGGCCACAUCAGACCUAAGGGCAAAGGCUGGAACUCCAAGGUUCUACAGUGCCUUGCAAAAGAUUCAUCCCCCUUGGUGUUUUUCCUAUUUUGUUGCAUUACAACCUGUAAUUUAAAUUUAUUUUUAUUUGGAUUUAAUGUAAUGGACAUACACAAAAUAGUCCAAAUUGGUGAAGUGAAUCAAAUAACUUCUUUCAGAAAAAUCUAAAAAAUAAAUAACGGAAAAGCGGUGCGUGCAUAUGUAUUCACCCCCUUUUCUAUGAAGCCCCUAAAUAGGAUCUGGUGCAACCAAUUACCUUCAGAAGUCACAUAAUUAGUUAAAUAAAGUCCACCUGUGUGCAAUCUAAGUGUCACAUGAUCUCAGUAUGUAUAUAUAUAUCUCUACUUUUGCAUAUUGGUGAUACUUAAUGUUAUCAGAUCUUCAACCAAAACCUAAUAUUAGAUAAAAGGAACAUAAGUGAACAAAUAACACAACAAUGACAUAUUUAUUUCAUUUAUUUCAUAAACAAAGUUACGCAACACCCAAUUCCCCUGUGUGAAAAAGUAAUUGCCCCCUUAUACUCAAUAACUGGUUGUGCCACCUUUAGCUGCAAUGACUCCAAUCAAAUGCUUCCUGUAGUUGUUGAUCAGUCUCAGAUAAUCAGAUAAUGAUGUAAUAUUGAUUUAGCCAAUGAAAUGCAUGCGAAGACAAAUUCCUCACGUGCCCUGAAGCUUUCUUUUCCCUCUCGCUCUCUCUCUCUCAACGGCUUGCUCGACUUCAGACGCUUACAAAAAGGCGCGUAGUACAGAUUAAAGUUAUUGUCAGAUGUUUACAAGUGAUCUUGAUUAAUUUACACGGCAACUCGAUUUUAACAUGAGGGAGAUUGUUCAUCUGCAGGCCGGUCAAUGUGGAAAUCAGAUCGGUGCCAAGGUAAGGGCCAUUUUUUAUAAAAGUGUAUUGCAAACUCAGUUGCAUUUUUCAAAGUAACUAACUAGCUAGCUAAAGUUAGCAAACUUUGUGUUGCUAGCCUGCUCAUAAGGUAACUCAAAACUAAAGUAUUUGUUAGUUAGCUAGCUAACGUUAGCUUUGGUUAUCUCAAAUAUGUGGUUGAUAUGAAGAGUAAAAUUCGGUCAACUUUAGAUGGCGGCUCAGCUAGCUCCUAACGUUAGCUUGCUAGCUAUAAUGCUAUGAGAAACUUUUACGUGCCCACAUGCCACUAACCACUCCGUCAUACUUUUGCAGUUUUGGGAGGUAAUCAGUGACGAGCAUGGAAUAGACCCAACAGGCACUUACCAUGGAGAUAGCGAUCUGCAGCUUGAGAGAAUCAAUGUGUACUACAAUGAGGCAACAGGUAACUUACUGGAAAUGAUCCUCUAUGUACAUAGGUAGCUAACUAAAUUGUGACAUUUUGAUUUAUUCUGAAGAUUUAAUGACAAAGUAAUAAUACAAUUUAAAGGAGCUAGUUGAAGUGUUUUUAAAGUGUAUUUGCGCUUGCAGUAGUGUCAAGUCUUCAAAAAAGUAUGCCGUGUUCUCUUUAACUAAAGCCUUUGCAGACUGUAUGUUGGAUUCAGUCUUAAGAUUCACAGUCACAAUUAAAAUAUUGAUAUCAACCUGUCCAGAUUGUAGGAUUUGCUUCUGUUCUGUAGUCACAUUCCGCAAUUGGCUUCAAGUCAACAGCAGCAGUGUAUUUGAUCUCAAGUAGCAGCACUUAAAUCGGCAGACCUAGGCCCUGUCACACUGAAAGAGCCAAGAAGUUCGACAAUCGUUUAUGACCUAAGAAUUUCACACGAUGUGGACAUUUUGUCUGGGACAGAAAAAUUGUGGCAUAAGAAGCCUAAAAUCAUACAGUCUGCAAGGGUCUUAACCUCUAAAGGAUCGGACCAUUUAAAAAAAAAAAAAUGUUCGCCUAAAAUGACAUACCCAAAUCUAACUGCCUGUUGUUCAGGACCUGAAGCAAGGAUAUGCAUAUUCUUGAAACCAUUUGAAAGGAAACACUUUGAAGUUUGUGGAAAUGUGAAAUUAAUGUAGGAGAAUAACACAUUAGAUCUGGUCUAAGAUAAUACAAACAAAAAACAUCUGUUUUCUAUUGAUUUUUUUGUUCCAUGCAAGAGAAAGGCCACAAUAUAAUAUAGAAGUUUAGGCGCAAUUUAGAGUUUGGCCACUAGAUGGCACCAGUGUGUGCGCAAAGUUUCAGAUUGAUCCAGUGAAGCGUUGCAAUACUGGACUAUUUUGUAUCAAGUCUGCCCAAAUGUGCCGAAUUGGUCAAUUGAUACAUUUGGGUACACAACUAUAUAGAGAACAUACAUUUUGUAUUACCAUAUCAUUUUUGUAAGUUUACACACUCCCAGGAAUGUCAUACAUGAUGCAUCAUUAGCUUAUACACUAACUUUCACACAUCUAGAUGGCCGGGCAGGGUGGGUGUGGAGCCAGAGACAGCAGGGGUUCAAACUGUAGAGCCCAGUUCCUACAUUUGAAUAUAAAAAUGGAUUUGAUCAAACAAAACUAUGCUACAUUUUAUCUCUGGGACUGAUCUUUAGAUAACUGAAUGUAAGUACAUUGUUUACCUUUAGAGGUGAAUGUAUCAAACCAGUUGCCGUGAUACGUUUUUUUGUUGUUGUUGUGCACUCUCCUCAAACAAUAGCAUGGUAUUUUUUCCCACUGUAACAGCUACUGUAAAUUGGACAGUGCCGUUAGAUUAACAAUCAUUUAAGCUUUCUGCCCAUAUAAGACAUGUCUAUGUCCUGGAAAGUUUGCUGUUACUUACAAUAGUCAUGCUAAUCACAUUAGCGCAUGUUAGCUCAACCGUCCCGUAUACAGGACAGCGAUCCAGUAGAGGUUAACCAGGUUUCCAUCCAACCUUUUUACGCAAGUAAAGUACAUGUCAUGACAGGCCUGAUAGGAACAGAAUUUGUCGGUAAACUUACCAAAUGCUGACCAAACAAAAUAUGCUAGACGAGUUGAUCUUUUUGUGUUGGUAAAAUUCAUUAUGCUUGAAAUGGCGGUGGAAACGCCUUUGAGCAAAUAUUGAUAUAAUAACCAUCAUAUCGAAGUAAACUUGGGAGUCUCACGAUAUGGUGUGUGGUCUCCCACUACGACUCAAGAGAAACAAUGCCAUUUAUUAGGCUACAGAUGAGAUCUUGUUGAUCCUUUCCAAUAAAUAUCGAAGGUCUGAUUCUGGUGAGUUGAUGCUUGACAAAUACAAAUAUUCUCGCUCUUAUCCAUAAUAAAGCUUAUCAUGUAGACUAGCCUACCCGCACUGUAUCUGCAAGCUGGUGGCUAGAGCGCACGUGCCAAGACCAGAGUAGGCACAUUUUGCUAUUUAACGCAAGUUUGUGACAAAACUAUCGGUAGAGUUUAAAAUGCGAUAGAAACACAUUGAACUUUAGAUUUUUAUUCGGUAUAUGAAAACUUAAGUGAAAAAGUAAAAUUUGUGCACUACGUUAUCACACACUAAUUUUUAUCCGCAACAAGUCCAUUUGGUGGGAACACACCAAUGGUGGGAAAAUGCGCAUAUUUUCUUUAUGCGGAUUUUAGAAUAUUCACAUGAAAAUCUGUUGCAAAUUGGAUGGAAAUGUAGCUACUGACCCAUAAUGUGAUUGUUCAUUUAUUUCAGGUGGCAAGUAUGUUCCUCGUGCCGUUCUAGUUGAUCUGGAGCCUGGCACCAUGGACUCUGUCCGGUCUGGACCAUUUGGCCAAAUAUUCAGACCGGACAACUUUGUCUUUGGUGAGCAAAUGCUUUGAAAUUGCAAAUUCAUGCUACCAUGUCAUAGUCGAUUUUACCAUAGUAAUACGCCUAGCCUACAUCUCAUGGCGUGCUUUUUGUUGUUUGUUUAAAGGACAGAGUGGUGCAGGUAACAACUGGGCAAAGGGCCAUUACACUGAGGGAGCAGAGCUGGUAGACUCUGUCCUGGACGUGGUAAGAAAGGAAGCCGAGAGCUGCGACUGUCUUCAGGGCUUCCAGCUCACCCACUCCCUUGGAGGCGGCACAGGCUCUGGCAUGGGUACCCUAAUGAUUAGCAAGAUCCGUGAGGAGUACCCUGACCGCAUCAUGAACACCUUCAGUGUGGUGCCCUCCCCCAAAGUGUCAGACACCGUGGUGGAGCCCUACAAUGCCACCCUGUCUGUGCAUCAGCUAGUGGAGAACACUGACGAGACCUUUUGCAUCGACAACGAGGCCUUGUAUGACAUCUGCUUUCGCACCCUGAAGCUGACGACGCCCACUUACGGGGACCUCAACCACCUGGUGUCAGCCACCAUGAGUGGUGUCACCACCUGCCUGCGUUUCCCCGGCCAGCUCAACGCUGACCUGCGUAAGCUAGCUGUCAACAUGGUCCCAUUCCCCCGCCUGCAUUUCUUCAUGCCAGGCUUUGCCCCCCUCACCAGCAGAGGUAGCCAGCAGUACAGAGCGCUGACGGUGCCCGAACUCACUCAGCAGAUGUUCGAUGCCAAGAACAUGAUGGCCGCCUGCGACCCCCGCCACGGCCGCUACCUCACUGUGGCCGCCAUCUUCCGCGGGCGCAUGUCCAUGAAGGAGGUGGAUGAGCAGAUGCUGAACGUGCAGAACAAGAACAGCAGCUACUUUGUCGAAUGGAUCCCCAACAAUGUCAAGACUGCAGUCUGCGACAUCCCGCCCCGUGGCCUCAAGAUGGCUGCCACCUUCAUCGGCAACAGCACGGCCAUCCAGGAGCUGUUCAAGCGCAUCUCUGAGCAGUUCACAGCCAUGUUCCGACGUAAGGCCUUCCUGCACUGGUACACCGGAGAGGGCAUGGAUGAGAUGGAGUUCACAGAGGCCGAGAGCAACAUGAACGACCUGGUGUCCGAGUACCAGCAGUACCAGGACGCCACCGCUGAGGAGGAGGGCGAGUUUGAGGAGGAGGGAGAAGAGGAUAUGGGUUAA